ACUUCAAAAUUCUAAAUUGAUAACUAAUCAGAUUGUAAUGGGUUUUAUUUAGGGCACAAAACCCAACAAUACUCUCUAAAAAUUAUUAUAUUAAAUUAUAUGAGAUCCGAUAUUUAAUUAGACCAAUAAUAAUAUUGACACAUAAAAAGGUGCUAGACACUACUAUUACCCAAUAACAUUUCUCUUAUUAAUUAUAGCUAAAUUGGAAAGAGAGAAUAGCAGAGUAUACAGUAAAAUAGAGAAGUAGAGAGGUGGGAGCUUGCCACGCUAUGGCUGCCUCGAAGUACCUACAAUCAACACACCGCACGCGUCCCUUAGUCCCACAUCUCACAAACCCACAAUCCCAACUAUUACUUAUUACUAUUUAUUUAUUAUAUUAGAUUAAAACAAACAUUUAUUUCAAAAAUCAAAAUCACCAUUUCUUAUUGUUUGUUUCUUUUAAGGAUGGCCGACGAUGAAGAAGCCCGGUUGGAGUUCCGGUCGUACCCGGAUAAUGCAUGGUACUCGGUUCGGAUUAUGAUUGAAGGGGAUUACGCCGACAUUCUAAGAAUCAAGUACAGCAAUUUUCCGGAUGACAACGACAGCAUUUUCCGAGCGGCUGAGUUCAAGGACGAAGAUCAUUUUAAAGACUUUGCUUCCAGGUUUAGACCCAUCUCUUCUCAGCUUCAAGACUCCGAGUGCUCCCAGGUUGUCCAGGGUUUGCUUGUGUGCGCUUCACAUCACUUCAACGCCGAUGACAUUCGCUUCUACGACGCAGUUGUUGAAGAGGUGGAUCAUUGUGAACAUUCUUUUGCAAACGGAGAAGAAGAGUGUUUGUGCACUUUUAUUCUAUCCUGGCUACAUGGUCCAGUGGCUGGAUACAUUACUGCUGAAAGACUUGAACAAAUUUGCAGAGUUCAGCAUAGGGACGAAAUAGAUACAGUUGUAGCUUCUUUUUUAAGUAAGGUGAAGGCGAAACUUAAAACUGGUUCUUGUAGAUCUAAUCGUCAAGUCACCACAGGUGUCGCUCACAAUUAUCACGGACAACCUCCAAUCAUGAAAAUUUCGCACAAUCUAAGUUUUUCUCACCAUUUGAAGCAGGAAACAAAGUUCACCAAGUGGUUUUUGAGUGAUACCUUGUCAUCCAAAUGGGCUAUUGGUCGUCCUUGUGAAAAGAAAGGGCAAGACAUUGACUUUGGAGGAGUCAAAAACUAUUUGAUUUUUGUUGAUAAUAUUGAGAAAGACUUAACUCAUACAGAAAUCAUGGAGUUUAUAAAGAAAAAGGUGUCGAUCACAUCUCAAGCAUUUCUUUUUCCUAGUUUGUCAUCAGAUAUUUGUACUCGAGGAUGUAUUCUGUUGGAUACCCAAAGUCACUUUGAGAAGUUAUGUAACUUUUUGAAUAAUCCAGAUCAUAUUAUCGUGUCUUUAAGUGGGAGGCCAUGGGUAAUGACCGAAACAAUGAAAGUGAAUGAUUCUCUUCGAGCUUCAAUCCUAAGCCUCUCACUUUUAUCUCAGGUAAUUUUGUUUUGCUGAUCAUUCUCGUCUUCCCCGUCCCCGUCGUGUAGAAGAAUUUUCAUCAGUAUUUAUUGAAGCAGAGCUUUUGCAUGAAUUUUACAGAAAAGGAAAGGGAACAAUGGAAGUAGAGAUGAGUUGAAGGUUGUCUAUUCAGGAAGUGUUGAAUACAGGUUAGCCAAGCAUCUAAGCAAUUUGUACAAGGACCUUUCUGAUCAACAGAAGAGACUGCAGAAGAGGUUGAUUGUUGAAGAAGGAAAAAUAUGGCAACAUUACAAUCGAAAACUCAGGAUUAAAAGUUAAGUGUUCCCUGCUGUCCACUUUUUUUUGUUUAUGUUUUUGUUUGCAUAUAUGCCCAUUGCUAUACUUUAGCUAAUCAUACUUGAUUUUUGCUUGCGCAAAACCCACUACAACACUAGUAGUUUCCAAUGCAGAGGUUUCAAGCCUGCCUUUUUGUAAUGUUUCAUCUCUGGUUUACUUUUGUUGUUUGCUGAUCUUGUAUAUAGAUGUAUAGCACUUGCAACAACCAUGUAAUGAAAAUACUUAAUUGCUAAAGUUAUUAAAACUCAAGUACUUGUCAAAAAAA